UUUAACUCAUAGCUUAAUCGAGUACUUUUCUUAACUGCUUAAUCUCUUUCGAUUUUUCUUUCUUAAUAAGCAAUAGUUGCUUCGGCGGGGAAAGACGGUCGAAUACAUAAUACAAGCUUGGAAUAAAGCCAACAAACGACGUCGUGGGGUUUCUAAGAACUUCUGCGUUUUGAAUCUCUGGAAAUUGAGAUGGCCAACGAAAACGAACCCGCGAAGCUGCUGUUACCAUAUCUUCAACGCGCCGAUGAAUUGCAAAAGCACGAACCUCUCGUCGCUUAUUACUGUCGAUUAUAUGCGAUGGAACGGGGGUUGAAGAUUCCGCAAAGUGAGCGCACAAAGACCACUAAUGCUCUUCUUGUCUCGCUCAUGAAGCAGCUUGAGAAGGAUAAAAAGUCCAUCCAGAUAGGGCCUGAGGACAAUUUAUAUCUCGAGGGUUUUGCUUUGAAUGUGUUUGGAAAGGCAGACAAACAAGAUCGUGCUGGAAGAGCAGAUUUGAAUACAGCGAAAACAUUUUAUGCUGCCAGCAUCUUUUUUGAGAUUCUUAAUCAAUUUGGAGCAGUUCAGCCUGAUCUGGAGCAGAAACAGAAAUAUGCGGUGUGGAAAGCAGCUGAUAUAAGAAAAGCUUUGAAAGAAGGAAGAAAGCCCACAGCUGGUCCGCCUGCUGGUGAUGAGGAUCUGUCAAUUCCAUUCAGUUCUUCAAGUGAUGGAUAUGACCCUGGGACUACUGAAACUACAGUUUCCAAUCCUGGACCAGAAUCUGAUUCAUCACCUAGUUAUCAUAAUCCUGUCAAUUACCAGAAUCCAAACAUUCAUCCGGCUCCUAAAUUUCAUGAUUCUGCUAAUGAACAGCAUUCUGCAAAUAUUCCACCAUCUAUGCAAUUUCAUGACGGACUAGAUAACAACAAGCAUUCUUCUGUUGUUUCUCCAUCAUCUCACUCUUACACACCUGGAGUUUAUCCUUCCCAAGACUAUCAUCCUCCUCCUCCACCUUCCCAAGACUAUCAUCCUCCUCCACCUUCCCAAGACUAUCAUCCUCCUCCACCUUCCCAAGACUUUCAUUCUCCUCCACCUUCCCAGGACUAUCAUUCUCCUCCCCCUUCCCAGGACUAUCAUCCUCCACCACCUUCCCAAGAUUAUCAUCCUCCACCGUCAUCCCAAGAUUACCAUCCUCCACCUGCCAGGUCAGAAAGUUCUUAUCCCGAACAUUACAACCAUCAGCAAUACUCAUCGGAGAAUUCACAGCAUUUAGGGCCUAACUACCCUUCUCAUGAAAAUUCCUCAUAUUCCUAUCCCCAUUUUCAGUCUUAUCCAAGUUUUUCAGAAAGCAGCAUCCCAUCAGUCCCAUCAAACUAUACUUAUUAUCAAGGGUCGGAUGCUUCAUAUUCUUCCCAGUCAGCUCCGCUAACUACAAGCCAUUCAUCAAGUGCUCAUCACAGCUCUAGCAGCAGGAAUGGAACUAUUGUGGAACCUAAAUCAACUUCUCAGACAUACCAUUAUGACAGUAACUACCAGCCAGCACCUGAAAAAAUAGCAGAGGCACAUAAGGCUGCAAGAUUUGCUGUUGGAGCACUUGCAUUUGAUGAUGUCUCAAUUGCAGUAGACUACUUGAAGAAAUCACUCGAGUUGCUGACAAAUCCAUCCGCUGGCCAGUAAUAUUUAUGUGAAUUGAAAUAUUGAUUUCGAUGGUUUUUCUGCAUAUUAUUUGCAUGCCCUGUUUUGUAUAUUAUAUGCAUCAUGCACUUACAAGUGUGAAGAAAUUAGGGAACAUAACCUAAACGGAAAUCAUAAAAUCAGCUGGGACUCUGCUGUCUUUCCCGUUUAUCUGGUGGUAAUUAUUGAGAUUGGCUUGUUUGUCAAGGGACUGUGAUACAUACAAGAUAUGUCUGCUUGAUGAAUUUGAGUUCUGUCUA